AUGAUCCGUCGCCUCUUCUCUGAAGCUACUGCACCUUGGGAGGGCGAGACUCACAAUCUUAAGGCUCUAUUGGUUGAGACGGCUGAGCACUGGGGAAAGUUGGCGCCAGGUAUAUGUCCCGUCGAGUUCAGUGCGGACGAUGUGCAUGUGACGAAGGCGUUGAGUCAGGAGCUACGUUUGGUAGACCAGAACGUUCGGGACAUACAAAGCCUAAUCGGGUUCCAGGGGGAGACGUGGGUUCCAAGUGACUACCACAAGACGGCUAAGUCCAUGGCAAAGCUGUUGAAGCUGAAGGUGUUGAUGGCGCUUCCCAUGGGCGAACUCCGAGAUAAUGUUGCUGCGAAUUGGUUCUUGGACGAUAUGGAUGAGGGAGAGUACAGCUAG